CUGACUCACUCCACUUUCAAAAUUACGUUAACGAACGAUAUUGAACUAUUUUCUGACGUCGUUAAACACCUUUAAGCGAUGACGCGCAGAAUAUGAGAUUUGUGAGACGGUACAAGAAGAAAGCAGAUGCCGGAACGUCACCUGCGCGUCUGGAUAAAACGCGAGCGGCAAUGCGCGGCGAAUGCGUAAAAGCGCACGAUGCCAAAUGCGAGGACUGCGGUUUCGCCACGCGUAACGUGAUUUCGGCAAUGUGAGCGGUGCUGGAUUAGGAUGUUAUUAGGUGAUGAAAAUCGCCCUCCUUUGUUCGAGCAGAUGCAGGGCUGACGUGUUCCAGGGGGAUUUUCAGUCGCGGUUCAAACCCGGUGGCGUGUCGGUCUGAAUCUCUCUCUCCUUCUCUCUCUUUCAAUGCUGCUAUGACUUCCUGCAUGCGUCAACACUGUGACCUGACUCCUCUUCGCAUGCUGCUGCUCAUCUUCGCGUUGCUCCAGUUCGUGAUUUCUGAUUCGGUGGAGAACCGUUGCUCAUCCACUCUCAUCUCCACAUGUGAGGACUGUCUGAAACGUGGCCCUGAAUGCGCCUGGUGCUCUCAAGAGAGGUUUCUGGACGGGGCGCAUGUAAGCCAGAGGUGUGGAUCUGUUUCCAACCUUCGAGUCAGGGGUUGCGAGGAGGACUUUAUUGAGAACCCAAAUGUGAAAGUGGAGGUGAACGCCACCAUCAGCGGCUCACAGGUGGCACCCAGAGAAAUUACCAUCCACCUACGACCAGGGAGCGAGGCAAGCUUUGUGAUCGAGGUACAGCAGUUGGAACGUUACCCAGUGGAUCUGUACUAUCUAGUGGACGUCUCGGCCUCCAUGCAGGAUAACUUGGACCGGUUGAAAACUGUGGGUCUGUCUCUGUCUCACCAAAUGAAAGAAUAUUCCAGCGAUUUCAGGGUUGGUUUUGGGUCUUUCGUGGAUAAACCGGUGUCUCCAUACAUCGAUGUGCACCCCUCCAAACUUGUGAAUCCUUGCAGUGAUUAUGAGGUGCACUGCAGGCCUGCUCACGGUUUCAUUCAUGUCCUCCCUAUCACGGAGAACAUGACCGAGUUCACACGUGUCAUUCAGGAGCAGAGGAUCUCUGGGAACAUGGACACGCCUGAAGGGGGAUUCGAUGCAAUGCUGCAGGCGAUUGUUUGCAAGAAGGACAUUGGAUGGCGACCAGAAGCCAAGCACAUGCUAUUGGUUAUGACAGACCAGCCUUCUCAUCUGGCUUUGGACAGUAAACUGGCCGGUAUUGUGGUACCUCAUGACGGGCACUGCCACCUAGAGGACAAUAUCUACUCACAAACCACUACCAUGGAACAUCCAACGAUCGGUCAGCUAGCGGAGAAACUUCUAGAGAACAACGUAUAUUCCAUCUUUGCCGUGGACCAGGUGCAAUUUCAGUGGUAUGAGGAUCUGUUGUACUUGAUUCCAGGAAGUUAUGUGGGUCGACUGUUCCCCAAAGCGUCUAAUCUUAAAGAUUUAGUGGUGCAUGCCUACAAGAAGCUGCUAUCUGAUGUGGAAUUGCAGAUCGGGGUGGAGGACAGUCAAGCUCACCGGUUCCGGGUGAACGUAACGGCCUUUUGCCCCAACGGAUCCUCUGUUUUUGAAAACACAAAAUGUUCCAAUGUUCAGCCCAAACAAACAGUCUUCUUCCAGGUCACGGUCGGCAUGACCUCUUGCCCUGCGGAUGGUACAGAUCAGGAGGUGUUGAUAAAUGUGAGGCCUGUCGGAUUUAACGAGACUGUUACCGUACGAGUCCAACAGGUGUGUGGGUGUAGCUGCACGGACAAGGGCCGUUGUCAUGACGACUUGAAUCCCUCGCCUUGUUCUUCAGAGACGGGCAUGGGUUCAACUGAUGAGUGUAGAGAGGAAGCAACCAAACCGGUCUGCAGCGGAAGGGGGACUUGUCGAUGUGGGACAUGUGUGUGUGAUUCUAGCAGAUUUGGAACCGUAUACGGAACGUUCUGUGAGAUGGACGACUUCUCGUGUCCAUACGAGAGAGGCCUAGUGUGUGGAGGGCACGGACGAUGUGUUUCGGGUGAAUGUGUGUGUCUCCCCGGCUGGGCUGGCGAGACCUGCGACUGUCCUGAUUCUACGGAAACCUGCGUAUCAGAGGAUGGACUGAUUUGCAGCGGUCAAGGAAAGUGUGUGUGUGGCAAGUGUGUGUGUGACGAGCCCCAACGCUCUGGAACGUUCUGUGAGAGGUGUCCCAUCUGCUACAGUUCCUGCCAGUCUCACUGGAGUUGUGUGAACUGUCAUCUGUCCAACGGACUUGGAUCAGAUGGUUUUCAGCUUUGUAAUCACAGCUGCACCCCACUGGUGAACUACGUCGAUGACAUCACAGAGUUGGUCAGAGGGAAGUACUGCCUGUAUCCCAGCAAUAAUAAGUGUCAGUACCGCUUUCUCAUGGACUUGGCAUCAGAUCGGCCUCAGCUGCACAUUAGCCGACAUCCUGUGUGUGUUUGGAGUCGCCAAUCCUUUAAGAUGUUCCUCAGUGUCUUCCUCCUGACAGUGAUGUUGGGAAUCUGCAUGCUGGCCGCAGUCAGGCAACUACUGAGAACAAGAAACUGUUCAUGGCCGACAAACACCAACCAACAGUUUGAAGACAGCCAUAAGGAUUCAGCAUAUGUUCCCACGACCAACGAGAAAACGAUAACAUACCGGAGGGACCGCCUCCCAAACCACCCGGUGGAAAUGCAGUCACACAUACCCAAGAUGCCACUGAACGACAUCUGGCAAUGAGGGGGUUCAAAGGUCACUCCAGAAAUGCCUCCAAAACAGAAGCACUACCUAAAUGAAUUCACAAUGUGUAUUUUUUAGUUUUUCGAUUUUCAAUGCGCUUACUUAGUGAAAGCAAUAUCCUGUGUGGUUUUGUGAUUCCACGUUUGUAUUUCUUUUUUAUUUAAUUUAUAACGGCAUUACAUUUCUGUUGUUCUGACUCCAUACAGGAGGCAAAUUCAUAGAGGACGGUACACAAGCAUGCAUAAAUACGUGAACUCAACCGUACUGAUGCGUUUUAGAUGCGUUCACCUCAAAGCACUCGGACCAGUUACCUCUAAUACGGUCUAUAUUUUAGAUUGUCUCUCUGGUAGUGCAGAGUUACUGAAUGUUUGUGUUUGGAUGUGAGAGUGUAUUUGUGAUAUAUUUUUAUUUGUUUUAAUUGUUACUUGACAAUACACUACAGACUGUCUAUGUUCGGAGUCGCAUACUUCCAUUCUACUCAUACUGGUUUUACAGUAUGUAUAGUGCACACAGAAAGCGGAUUUUCUGUAUACAUGGAAUACUUAAAAUACCAUUUCCAGUGUGACAUAUGAACCGGAAGUACUAUGAACCAUUAAUUUUUUUAUUUUAUUUUUUUUAUUUUUUUUUGCAUUAUUGAAUUGGACCAAAAUUGGGAUAAAAGUGCAAAAUAAUCAUUUUUUUUAUUACCGAGAUGAUAAUUGGACAUCACAUACAGAAUUAAACAUAAUGUAAUGAGUUCCUGUAACAAUCAUAAUUUUUUCAAAUAGUACACAGUAUACAGGAUACAGUGUAGUAUGUAGUCAGCAGUAUGCUUGUUUUCCAUUCCGAACACAAACAUUUUUAUUUCUGAGAUAACUAAAAGCCACUCGCUGAAUUAAACAGCGUUUAUUGCUGCGUACACUUUUUAUAUACUGUUUAAAGAAAUAGUAGGCUGUAUACAGUGCAGUGUGCCUUAGGCAGGGUAGUAUUUCAUUCUCAGCCUAACCUGCCCUGCUGACUGGUAUUAGUAUGCCACCUAGUGUUUGACACACUCAUAACCAUUCCUAUCUUUCAGUGUAGCAGUGGGAUUUUUUUAUGUAGUUUAGAUGGUUUUUUUUUAGGCAUUUUGAUUGUGAAAAUGGCAUUCAGUCCUAUUGACUGUGUCAGUAUUGAAGCACAGAUCUAAAUUCAGAUCUCAAAUAUGAAUUAAAGGUACACUACAUAAAUGUUUUCAGCACUUUUCAUGCUCAAAUUAUGCUGCACAUUUACCCGCAUCCCUGAUAAAACUGGAGUUUUUAGGUAGUUUCUUCCGAGUAUUUUAGUGUAUGUUCUGAUUUGUGCAUUGCGAGUUUUGUGUUAAUUAUUUGCCUGCUGGUCGGUAUUUACUGUAUAUCUGUUGUCAUGUACUACUGAGGCCAAAAUACUGGACGACAAGCCCAAUGACGCAGCGAGUAAUGGCACCAACAUGCGUGGUCACCAUAACAUUCCUGUGGCUAAAAUAAAUCUAGUUUUAACACAGUGUUUACAUCAAGCAAGCACUAAAAAAAUAUUUAUUUUUAGUUCAUCUUUUAGCUUUUUCAAGUAUUUUUUUUUUUUUAAAUAAAUGCUUCGUUGAUUAUUUUGUAUAGUGUGAACAACACCUAGUAUAAAGCAAUAAUGGUGUUAGCAUGUGUAGGCUGUGAAACAACUCUGACUGAUUGUAGUUUGUGUUUGAGAAUCACAAUACAAGCCUCACACAAGCCCUUGAUGUUUUACUUUUGGUCUGAUUUCCUGAUUAAAUAUUCAACAAUACAAUAAAGAUCACGGCACAAUGUUUCUGUUGAAUUCUUUGAUAAAACUCAUUAUUUAACCUUAUACCAUUGUUGAGAUAUUAAGAUUAAUAUAGAGUAAUUAAAAGAGUAAAUCAACUAAGUAGGGUCAAAAUGAUGAUUAUAUUUGCUUAUAUAUAUAUUUUAUAAUGAAUAUUGAUGUUAAACUUCACAGAACGCAUUGCAAAGAUAGCGUGAUCUAUUUGCACGGUGCAAUAUUAGAUCAUCUGAAUUUCCUUCUUUGAGCAGCGACACUUGUCAUAUCUAGUCUGGACUACUGCAAUGCUCUUCUGGCACGUACAGACUCUGCAAGACUUCACUCCAGCACCUGAUUCUCGUUUUGUUCCUGUUUCCGGGUCAUGUGAUGUCCUGUUUUCCCUCCAUGUUUAUGUGUCUUGUAUUCAUUGGUUCUUAGUCUUGUCAUUGGUUCUUUCAUGUAAUUGGUUUAUGCUUAUUGUCUUGUUAUCUUGUUUAGAGUUCUGUUUGUUCAUUGGUUUAUGUUUCCCCAUGUCCAUGUAUUUAAGCCCUCAUGUUGCCAUUGUCCAGUGUCGAGUCAUGUCAUGUCGAUAGUCAAGUUUCAAGUUUAUGUCAAGUUCAAUUUAUGUGUCAUGUUCAUGUUCAC